AUGACAUUUGUAAUUGUGAGUGACGUUGACGAAAACGGGAGUAAGGUGGAAAAUAGUUUAGCUGAUCAAAUGAAACUGGCGGCAAUUUAUGACGACCAAAGAAUGAUCAAUAAUAUUUUGAGAGAGAAAAGAAGUGACCGUGAAAUUCAAAGAUUACUCUCGAAAACUGAUGAAAGAGGACAACCAUGUAUAUUUUACGCUUUGGAGUCGCGUAGUCUUAAUUCUCUUACUUCCUUGUUAAAUCACGUAAAAGACACCAAGUGUGUGAUAGCUAAGAACGGAGAGAGUGUACUUCAUGUAGCCACGAGAAUGGGUGACGUAGAUUUUCUUCGUAACUUGUUGCAACACGACUUCAUUGUUGAUCUUGUAAACCAUGUUGAAGGCGUGAGUAGACGAUCGCCACUUCAUUUUGCCGCAACGUUCAACCAUGUUGAGAUCGCCAAGGUGUUGCUAGAACACGGUGGAAAGAUAACAGAGGUUGAUAUCACAGACAAAUGUCCAUUGUACAUCGCUGCUAAUAAAGGACAUGCUAAUAUGCUUGAACUUUUCCUGAAACACGAAAAAAGAAGAGUGCAAGAGUUAUUGUUCAGCGAGAGGUAUGGUGGAAAGUAUUACCGCAAUAUACUUCAUGUUGCUGUGGACAGUGGGGAUGAACGUACUGUACAAGUUUGUCUGCAAGAUGAAAAUGUGAUUCGUGAAGAUUUGUGCGAAGAAAUCAGACAUGGAGAUGGUUAUUUGAUUCAUGCGGCUUGCAAAAAGGGCAUGGAGAAGAGUUUAUUUCGAUUUAUGGAUGUCAUGAGACAUUUGGACUUACUUCAGUUGAACAGAAAGGAUAAACAAGGAUUCACUCCGAUUCAUAAAGCCGCAAUCAAUAAUCACAGUGACGAAAACUCCCAGUCUGCGUUGGUCCUUGCCGCUGAACGCGGUCAUGUUCGUGUCGUUGAAGAACUGCUUAAAUUGAAAGCUGAUUUUACCAUUCGUGAUGACAGCAAUAGAACGGUUCUUCACUAUGCAAUUGCAUAUCCUGAAACAUUGAGAAUUUUGCUUAAGAAAAAAGAUCUCGUGCCGUUGCUUAUUAACGAGAAAGAAAUAGACGGUUAUACUCCCAUUCAUAAUGCCGCCUUAAAAGGAUUUCUUGAGAGUGUCCGUAUUUUGUUAGAAUAUAACGCUGAUCUGAAUGUCUUCACGAACACUUCUCGUUCGCCAUUACAUUGCGCUGUUAGUUCACAGAACUCUGAUGUGGUUGAAUUAAUCCUAGCCAAUGAACCAGCUUUGAUCAACAAGGUUGAUGCUACCGGGAAAACACCGCUCCAUACAGCAGCAAACUUCAGUAGCCCAGAGGUCGUCAAAUGUCUUCUGAAUAACGGAGCAAUUAUACUGAGGGAUGGAAAUAUGUUUAGUCCACUUCACAUUGCGGCGUUCAAAGGACAUCUUAAUAUUGUUGAAUUGUUGGUGAUGUUCAAACCUUCCAUGAUCGAUUGGGAAAAUAAAUACAAACGAACAGCAUUGCUUACAGCAGCUGUGAAAGGCAAAGCAGAUGUUGUGAAGUAUUUGCUAGAUAGCAUGGCGAAAAUUACAAAGAUUAUGAAAUUACCAAAUGCGUCGAUAAAUGUUAAGGUUGCGAUGAUUAUAUGUCUCAUAUCUGCUGGCGUUCAAACAUUGAAAGAAAUCUGUCAGUUAUUCGUUUACAAAUUCAAUUAUUUUAUGGACAAAGUCAACUAUUUGGAAUGUGUUCUCUACGUAUCAACAUUCAUCUUUGCUGUACCAAGUAACGACAGUAUGUCUGUAAAGACAAGUUUUCAAUGGAUGGCCUGUUCUGUAGCGUUAUUCUGUGCUUGGAUAAAUCUUAUUAUGUAUCUAAGAAGGUUUGCCUCCUACGGUAUAAUUAUUCUCAUGAUGAGAAAAAUUUCCUUCACACUAAUCAAGGUCAUGGGUCUUUUAAUAUUUUUCUUGGUCGCUUUUGCUGCCGCUUUUACAGUAAUAAUGAAUGAUAGACAGGGAUUUGAGAAGUUUAGCGUGUCUAUCUUAACUGGAGCAACGAUGACGAUGGGAGAGUUUGAUUUUAAACAGACAUUUCUCGGUGACCACUCUGAUUACAACACAUUUUAUCUACUACAGUUGGUCCUCCUUGUUGGUUUUCUUGUCAUUAUGCCUAUCAUUAUUAUGAACCUUCUGCUUGCCCUUGCCAUUGAUGAUACCAGUAGCAUUAUGCAACACGCUAAGCUGCAGAAACACAUUCAAACGGCAAAAAUGAUAAUUGACAUAGAACGGAAGAGGUCUUCAUUUCCAUGGCGAAAUAAAAAAACACUCAUACCUUGUUUACAGGAGAGACCCAACAAGACAUACAACUUUACCCGCCCCGUUUGGGAUUUUAUAUUUUACGGUCCUGAUUUUUCUACCAAUGUAGUCGAUGAGAGCCGGGACAUGUCAACGUUGAUUGAAAUGGUGAAAGAACUGCAAAAUAAAAUGUUGGAGAUUCAAAACGAGUUUACAAUGGGUCAAGAUAAACAAAACGCUAUGGCUCUAUUUCGAGGUUACAGUGAGAGAAUAGAAACCUUUAAUCCAGAGGAGACAAGAGCUGAGUCUAAGCUAAAGGCUUGGGGAAGAGUACAAAACGAUCAUGAGAAAUUCAGUGUACCGAGUUCAAGUUACUAUGGCUUCGGUGAUGAUUUGAAGUAUUCUGAAGGAGAUUUUGACGAAGAGAGAGAAGCAAGAGAGAACGAUCCCGAAUUAAAUGAAUUAAAGAGACAGCAUAGUCAAAUGGAUACAUACGAAGAUAAAGAUGGGGUAGUCGCUCAUGAUGAUGUGACAAUUUCUGUGAAUGAAAAUGAGGCUGAAGACAGUAGUCUAUUUAAUAAUAAUGAUAAACUGUCAAUGAUUCUUCGUACUGAUUCCAGUGUUGUCUGAAAUGCUGAAACAGCAAAUCCUUAGGAACUCAUUCCACCGAGUUAACCACAAUAUGCUACUAUGGAAACUGUAGUCAAUAUGGUUAGAGAUUUCCCCAAAGUGGUAGCGCAUGAUUUUAACAAGAUGUGUCAUUUUGACAGGAAGAAAAUAGUUUUAAUGUGUUAUAUUUCUAGAAUACAAACCUUACUAACGCCCAUGGCAUGAUCUUUGGGUUUAGCGCAGCGUAGCAACUGCAGCUUUCAUUUUUUAAAUGCAUAAAAAAUAUUAAAUAAAGGUUCCAAAACCAA